AUGAACGUCCGGGACUUGACCAACAGUGAACUUCCGAUCGACGGCAUGACGGGAACCAACUUGACCUACUUCCGAUAUCAAGGCAGCCUGACCACACCUUCCUGCUCUGAGGUGGUCACGUGGACAGUUAUGCUGGACACAAUUAAAAUCAGUUCUACUCAGUUGGCGAACUUCCGAGAGGUUUCCCACAUUAAGUCUGGGGCCAUUGGCACGUAUGACAAGAUAGAUAAGAACUACAGGCCCGUUCAGGCGCUAAACGGACGGACAGUGUACAAGAGCGCCAACAUCAGCGCUUCCGGGCGCAUCAUGGCCGCCCUGCCGACGAUAAUCUUUAUGUUACUAGUGUGUAUGACAUUUCUGUGA